CUCUAAUUUUAUAACUGCAUCGAAGCGUCAGCAAUUGUUGUUAUUUGUAAUGCAAAAAUCGAGCUAAUUCCACGGUAUUGUGAUGUUUUUAUUGUGUUCGGCAAAAGCAAUUGAAAAUCGAUAAUAACUUAAGCCGCUUACCACAAAAUGUAAAUCUGCAGUUGCGCUAUCAACUCGAGGCGGAUCUAAUUGGAUAAACAAAAUUGAUAGGCUCGCAAUUGGAUAGUAGUAGUUUCUAAAUCGAUAUGUACAUUUCUCAGAAUCCGAGAGCACGUCAUCAUUGACGGAUCGUCGGCUCAUUCCCCGAUAAGCAAAACAAAGCAGUAGCCUGAGGAGCUGAACAACCGCGCCCUUAGCAAAGGAGAAUCUGUGGCACCAUGCCGAUACUAUAUAGUGUGAUAUCGCGGGGCACCACAGUGCUGGCGAAGUUUGCGGAGUGCGUCGGCAACUUUGCCGAAGUGACGGAGCACAUAAUCGGACGGAUCGGGGUGCAUAACCACAAGAUGACCUACACACACGGAGACUACCUGAUCCACUACACCUGCGAGAACAAACUGGUCUACAUGUGCAUCACCGACAACGAGUUCGAACGGUCGCGGGCCUUCCUCUUCUUGGCGGAUAUCAAGCAGAAGUUUAUCCAGACUUACGGCCUACAGGUGGCCACCGCCAUCGCCUACUCCAUGAACACCGAGUUCUCCAAGAUCCUGGCCCAGCAGAUGGUCUAUUUCAGUCAGUCCCGGGAGGUGGACACCAUUUCGCGAGUACAUGGUCAGAUUGACGAGCUUAAAGACAUUAUGGUUAAGAAUAUUGACAGCUUGCGGGAUCGCGGCGAGAAACUAGAGCUGCUCGUCAACAAGACCGAAAACUUGAGCAAUAAUUCCGUUGCAUUCCGUAAGGCCUCCCGAAAUUUGGCUCGUCAAAUGUUUUGGAAGAACAUCCGCGUCUACGUGGUGGUGGGUCUGGUGAUAACCUUCAUCGUUUACGUGAUUGUGAGCAUGGCCUGUGGUGGCCUCGCUUGGCAGUCCUGUGUUUAGGACAAGCUUUAAAGUUGUUUAUAUUGUUAUAGGCUCAUAACACAUGUAUAUUUGCAUAUAAAACUCUACAGUACUCUCAUCUAUGUUCUAUGUAAUAAACUUCAAUGUAUACCG